AUGCUCUUCCUUGUUAUUGAUCUUCUUCAAUCUCCCCUCCUCCGCUUCUUUACCUACGUGAUACUCGCCUUUACACUUCUUUUCACAUGUCUUUUCCGCCGCGCCGGCCACCCUCUUAAUGCACCACAGCGACUCCCUGUUUCCAAGAACUAUCCAAUUCUGGGUGCUGUGCGAUUCUUUACUGCACGAUGGGAGUUUUUUCGCGAAGGUAUGCGUGGCUCAAGGUCAGGAAAUUGUUUGAAGAUCAAAUUUGUAUUCGUUGAACAGAGAGAGGAUGAAUGA